GGAUGAACGCGGCCGUGCGGGCAGUGGUGCGGGUGGGCAUCUACACCGGUGCCAAGGUCUUCUUCGUCUACGAGGGCUACCAGGGGCUGGUGGAUGGAGGGGAUCACAUCCAGGAGGCCACGUGGGAGAGCGUGUCCAUGAUGCUGCAGCUGGGUGGCACCGUCAUCGGCAGCGCGCGCUGCCAGGACUUCCGGACGCGCGAGGGGCGGCUGAAGGCGGCGCGGAACCUGGUGAAGCGCGGCAUCACCAACCUCUGCGUCAUCGGCGGCGACGGCAGCCUCACCGGGGCCGACACCUUCCGCGCUGAGUGGAGCGGCCUCCUGGCUGACCUGCUCAAGGCGGGUACGUGGGCACCCCCUGGCACCAUCCUUGGGGG